UUCUUUCUGCCAGUCGUUCGCGUCGGUCGAUCGGUUGAAGAAGUCGCACAAGCAGGCGCAUUUCAAGCGGGGCGAACAAAAAUUAACGCAGACGCCUCAAUAACGGCAACGACGACAGCAUCUGUGCAGCAAAAGCAAGUGCUGCGGCAGACUUCAAGUCCCAACACAGUCGGCGUCUAAAAGUUAAUUAACAAUUAGCAAUUGGAAUUAAAAUUGUGCGUGAAUGUGCGUGUGUGUUUGUGUGUAAACUUUAUGCAACAUCGACAACACCUGAACUGAAUUACAUAUCAACGCAUUUCAUUUCAUUGAAAAAAAGUUAAUCACCAAGACUGAGGCGGGCAAAUCGUGAGCUGAAUGUGUUUGCGAGGGCGUUGAACCAUGCCCAUUUGCAAAAGCUCGCCAGCGAUGGCGUCGAGCAAGAAGACAGCAACGGACAUAUCCGCCGAUCAUGUAACGGAGGCAGCCCAGGUGAAGCGCACCCGCGAGCAGGCUUACUUCAACUCCUACGACUUUGAUGCAAUCGAGGUGCUGCCCUACGACGAGGAUGACGAUGAGAUGGUGCCGCAUAGUCGCAGCAGCAGCGGACGCUAUUCGGGUGCCAAUGGCAGCCACAACAGCCACAGCAACAGCCACAGCAACAGCAAUAGUCACAGCAACAGCAACAGCAAUGCGGCUGCAAUCACAAAGUUUGCUUACCUGCAACGUUUGGGCGCAUUCUUUGGUCAUAAAUCAGCAACGGAUGGAGCAAGUGCCGCAUCGCCAGCAACUGGAGAGGAACAGUUGGGGGCUGUGACAACAGCGAAUGAAACUGCGGCAGCUGGGCAAAGUAAUGACAACUUUUUGUUGCCUCGCGCCAUGCUGAAGUAUCAAUAUCAGAGUGUUGGCGGUCAUGUGGUGACUUCAAUGCCAUUGACAGCGUCGCUCUCGAUGAUCCACGCGAAUAGCUCGACUGGACUCGAAUGCCAGACGGGCACAUCUAUGGCCAGAGCAAAAGUAGCAGCAAACGAAAUGCCAGUGGCAUCGGCAUCGGCAGCAGCAGCAACCACAACAGCAACAGCGAUGGCAACAGCUCAAACGAGAAACAAGAAACGCUCGAUUGCAUCCAAUGCCAGCAGCACACAUACCACAGACUCUGGCCUGGGCAACACUAGCAACAACAAUAAUAACAACAACAGCACUUCGGCAGCAGCAGCAACAACACAAGCAGCAACAACAGCUGCUGCUGCUGCUGCAGCGGCAGCAACAUCGGCAACUCGUGCUGGCAGCGGCUCACACUAUUCAACGGAUAAAAGUGGCUCGUCCGGUUACUAUAGCUCCCAUGUUUGCUCCACAUACUCGCUGGACGAGCACAUCUAUUGCGAACCGGUCAUAGAUAUCCUAGAAGCGAGCGACAAAAUGGUUGCCGCUAAACAGCGACCAGCAUUGCAGCUGCCAACGAAAGUGACGACGAUUAGUCAGCGUUUGGCAAUGCAAGAUGCGGCUACCACAGCUGUCCAGUCGCUGGCCACAGCAGACAGCACAACGGGCAAUGGAACAAUUGCCAACAUCAGCCAUCAGGAGCAACAGCAGCAACAUAAACAUCAACAACAGCAUCAGCAGCAGCAGCAAUUGUUGCCGCAUUACAGCGAUAAGCUGCGCAUUUUGGAAACAAGCAUUGAGAAUUUGGAUCGCCAUUUGAAGACCUUUCCCUGCCUCUAUGCCCAGCAACACAUUGUGUCCUUUAUGCAGCAGGAUGCCAACAGCAAGGAGCGUACAACAUCAGCGGCAGCCACAACUCUGGACAUUGGUGAAAAGCUGCGCGCCUACAAUCAGUUGCCCACCAUCAUCGAGGGCUACGAUACCCAGCGACAGCAGCAGCAGCAACAACAGUUGGAGCCGAUUGAUGAUUCACUGCUAGACAUUGAUUUGGAUGCCUUUCUGCUGCAGCCAAAGCAGCAACAACAACAACAGCAGCAGCAACAACAUCAUCAACAACAGCAACAAAUGCGCCAGCAACUGUUUGCGGGCAUUGAUAAUCCGAGUUUUCUCAGCGACGAGCAGCUGGAGGAGAACAACUACAAGUGUGCCAAAUACAUCAACUCCUGCCCGGAGGAUGCCUAUCGCCUGGACACCGACUCCACGGCGAAUGCCUCGUAUGCCAAGCGCUACGAGGAUCAGCUGCAUUUCCAGAACACACGCGAGCUGCUCGAAGAUGUGCGCGAUAAGAUUCGCCUGCUGCAGCCGACGCCCACCACGGACAUUCCGCAGGAGCUGGAGGGCAUGAUACAAACCCUGAAGGACGAACUCGAAUCCUAUUUGCAGCGCAUGAAUCAGCACAGUGAACUCGAGCUGCGGCAACUGUGCAGCGGCCUGGGCCGGCAACAACAUGUUCUACGACUGCAGAAUGCCUUUGAACGGCGUCGCAGCUACGCUGGCGAUGUGCAGCUCAAUGCCUACGAGUCGGUGCGCGAUGGUGUGCUCAUCUCGGCGAAUGGACGUCCGUUGAGUGUGCGCGAACAAAUCAUGACCAUUCGUUGUGCCAGCGAUCCCAAUUUCAAAAUGAAACGCAAAUCGAUUAGCGAGGUUUUUCCCGUCGCCGAGUGCUAUGUGGAAUCUGCGGAACCAUCGUGCAGUGUCACGCCCACUCUGACGCAGACUACCACGCCCACUCCGACGACAACUCCUUCGGGCACGCCUUCGCCGCCACUGGAACUGAAGACAACUACGACGAUGGUCACGCAAAUGCAACGCAAUCUCAACUUUCACAAGCCCGUCUUAGCAGCCGAAAGUUCCACAUCACGGCUGGGCAACGGCGGCGGCGGCGGUGGCAGCGGCAACGAUAAGGUGGACAGCAUUGCGGAGUGGCAUCGCAAGAAGCCGAGCAUCUGGGAGAUGUACUACGGCACCAAUCGACUGCAUCAAUCGUUGCUGGGCAAGCAGCGACAUGGCAACGAGCUGGUCAUAAGCAGCGCUCAUCCGACGCUGUCAUAUCCAUCUUCUCGACCCGAAUCGGAUUUUACACUCGACUUGCCGCGCGCCGAGCAGCUGCGCCUCAAAAUGGAAAAGGAGAAAAAGUUCCGCCAAAGAUGUCGCUUCAUCACCACGUUUCUAAGUCUGGUCUUCUUUCUGUUGACCGUUAUGGUUGUCAGUUUGGUUUUAACGCGCGGCAAACGCAUGUUUGGCAGCAUGAUUUAGCCAAAUAAAAA